CAAUCACUAUAACGCCAACCAACCAUUGAUAAUAGAGUUAGAGAAUUACUGUAUAAAAGCAAACAAAACAAAAUGAACUAUUUCUCUGUGAUUAGUAAUACCUGUCUCAGAAAAUGAAACCAUUUCAAAUAAAAUAUCUGGAACUCAUUGGUUGUUUUAGCGGUGAUCAUGUUGCUUGAGGGGCCGAUCAGGAGUUGAAUACUUGAAAUAAUUCAAGUUUUGUUAAUCUCUCCUUGUCGUAGCUAUAUAUAUAUAUAUAUAGCGCGUAGAAAGAUGAGGUGAUUGUCUUAUGGGAUCAGUCUGACUAUAUAUACGAUUAUUUAUAUUCAUGGCAUAUAUACAGCAGGACGUCAACGGCAAUUAAUUUACGAGUUUAUAAAGUUUUAUUUUGUUUUGAAAAUUCUUGGUCUCCGCUCCAGCAGUAUGUCUUAUGGUUUUCUCUUUUUCUUGCAGAAUUUCAGUCUAUACAAUACAAAAAAAACGUUGAUAGAAUAUUAUUCUAAUUAAUAGUAGCUUAAAUUUGCAAAACAGAGAAAAUGAAACAAAAUAAAUGCCAUAUUUGAAAUUGAAAACAAGAGAGUCCCAUUUAUAAAUUUUUUCAUUAAUCUUGAGUUUAAAAGAUUUCCUCUCUUCUUCCUAGUUUGGUUGGGCCAAUACAGAUCCAAUUAAGUUUUCCCUUCUUCUACAUUCUAUCCUUCUCCUCCCUUCCUUUUCUUUUUUUCGAUUCCGGUUGGUCUAGCAUGGCCCAACUGGACUUUCCAUUCUGUUUCUCCUCUUUCCUUCUUAUCUCCUCCUCCUUUUCUUCCUUCCGCCUAGGUUGGGCCAUCAUGUAGACUUUGUGUUAAGCCACGACGUUCAGAAAGAAACCUUGAACCAAAUCCUAAGUAUCAUGGAUAAGGUGAACGUGGAGGACAGUUGCAGGCAUGAAGUAAAGUGACAGUUGCAGGCAUGAAGCAAGGGAGAGAAUGGGUCAAAAGCAGUUGGAGAGUCUCUAGCUUUGUAUUUAAUAUUUCUGUUGCAUUUUUCUCCACCUUCUGUAGAUCAUGUGUUGAUGAUUACUAUUAGUAGCUGAUAGGGUCCUAGUAUUCGGCAGAAGCAGUGUUAUUGGCUAUAAAAAGAUGUCUCGGAGAUCAUUAUGAAUAUAAGAAUUAUUUCAUCCAAAUUGUGGUUCAUUCUCACCCUAAGAAAAUAUUAUCCCUUGAGAAUUUAUUUUAGAUAACCAGUGAACUGGUUCUAUCACUCUGCGCCUAUUUUAUAUAGACCCAACCACCUGCCCUCCCUGUCGCUAAAUGGCAAUAAAUAAACUAGUCAACUAACAAAAUGAUUCCGACCGAGCCAAGUUGGCGAAGUUGGUUUCUUGUCAUUUUCUAGCAUUUGAUGUAAUAUUCACUGCACUUUCGCCUCUCUUUCUUUAUAUAUAUAUAUAUAUAUAUAUAUAUAAACUUUGAUAACAUUUCUGCAAUUUCGUAAGAAAAGAGUUAUUGUUAAUCAUACACGCUUUUGAUGAUAUAUAUUGAUAGGAGGGCCAAUGAGACCCGUGUAAACUUAUAGCAUAAUCUUCGUCAAACAAUUAAGCACAUCCUUGCAAUGAAGGAAAUCCUCUCAAGAUUUUCCAAGAAAAAGCCUGCUCAAUGUGAAAAGUGCGAUGGGCUUAAGUCUGAUAUUGCGAGUCUAAUCGGGAAGGUAAUUGAAAAAGAUAUCCAGGUAUCAGCCCUUGGCAAGUUGUUAGCUCUUAAAGACGAGGAAAUAUCUCGCCUUAAAAGCAAGCAAAAUCCGCAACUUCGUGAGAAGAUAGCUCAUAAAGACAAGAAAUUAUCCCGUCUUGAGGAUCAGCAACUUCUGACAGAUACAAGAAUGAAUAAGCUCAGGGCUGACAUUGACUUUGUUUUGAAGGAAUUUGACGAAGCUGUUAAAAUAAAUGAAGAAGGUUUUGACAAGUAUUCUGAUAGAAGCCUUAACAAGUCUGAGAAACAUGAAAGACUGGCGCCAACAAUUGGUAUAGCAAACCGACAUGAUGACAAACCCCAAAGCACAAUCCCUCUUCCUCAUACUUACGAGAGGUCUCCUCCUUAUUUUCCCACUUUAAAAGGCGGUUCAUCUCCGCUUAUGGAGGAAAACAUCAUGGUAGCGGCUUCAAGUAAUAAUGAUGAACCUCCUUCCAGCUUCUCCAUGUUUAAUGACGAUUCAACUCUGCCCACAGAAGCAAAAAUCACGGUGGCACCUCGUAGUGAUAGAACGGCAUCUCUAACUAGCAACUCAUCUCGAACUACAGAACAAAACAUCAAGGUGGCAGCUCCAUUAUCUAGUCAUGAUAUACUUCCACCCUAUGUUCCCAGAUUUCAUGCAUCUCCAACAGCAGAGGGAAGCAUUACAGUGACAGCUCCAAGUAGUGAUCAUGCCAAUGGAAGAGCAAACGGAGAUGGAAAACUACAUAUUUUUUACGAUAGUCUUUAUGGUUUUCAUAGACCACCUACUCCUUAUCCCUUUUAUGUCCUGAAGAAGAAAAACAAAAACAAUGUUGUUAAAUAGAGCAGCUACAAGCAACGAGAAAAAUAUGGAGUCAUAAGAAAUACUACGUCCUACAAGCAUCCUUACCAGUACUCUUUCUUCUUUUCAUAUCAUACUUUGAAAGUGUUUGAAUAGAAAAUGUGUAUGAGAAGAAACGAGAUAGAAAGAAGAAGAGAAAAUACAGAAACUGUUGUAUUGAAUUUAUUUGAAAGGAAUGAAUAAUUCUGAUUGCAUACAUUCCAUGCAAUCGUUACA